GUAAUCUCAGCUAGUACAGAUUAUUACUAUGCAUUUAUCAUCAUUUGGGCUUGUUUAAUAAUAAAUAGUCAUUCUUUUUUAAUACUUUUCCUUUUUUCUUUCCCUUUUCCAUAAAAAAACCAACAAAACAAACAUGACCAAUUCACUUCCAAAUCGUAAUAGUAUCAGCCCAGUUCGCAAAAAUAAUAACAAUACAAUGCCAACAAAGAGGCAUCAGCCAUUAAAGAUCAUUACCACUACUUCGGAUGAAAUUGUUUCAUCCCCUACCAGUAGUGUACGCCAAAGGCUGUCAUCACUCUUUCGUGCAUCUUCUCCUGUUGUCCUUUCCCUGAAAGAAACAUUUCACAAUAAGCGAAUUUCCUUAUCUACCGUAUCCUUUUCUCCACCUACUGUCACCGAAGAAGAAGAAGAAUCUCCUCAGCAGGCCAUGGAGCCAUUAGACGACUCUCACUCUACUAGCUCCUCAACAACUUCUUCCGUUCACAUGCCUCGUUCUCCUAUCGAUGCCAGGGAGAUUUCUACAGUCUGGCAGCCUUCUGUGACCGUCUUGUCUUAUGAAGAAGUAGUUGACAAAACGGCAGCACCAGAAUUACCAACCCAUUUUGCUAUAACGCGCUCUUCUUCCUCCCUAGCUUACCAGGUCAAUCAAAUUUUAGGAUCUACUUUGGAGGAGGUAGAUGAAGAGAUCGAUCAAGACUGGGAAAUUAGUAGAAACUUGCUACGUCAGUCAUUGGUUCUUUCAGUUAAGCUUUAGAAUAUUGGUUACACACACACACACACACACACACACA